UCCGCGGCAGACAUCAGCUCUUCUCGCGGAGAAAGCACUUCGGACGACACGAGCGAUGAAUCAGACAGCAGUGAUCAACAAAUCACAAGGGUGCGCACUCUGGGCUCAAGUACCGCGGCCGAGGAACAAUCGGCACCUGGUGCGACACAGGCACUUGCAGAGGGUUCUCGGAGCUCUAGCUACCAUCGCGACCUCCUACUACACGCCUUACUUGAGGAACGCUGCUACAAUGAGGCAUUAGAUGACUUGAGAGCCGCGGGAAUCAACAGCAAAGACGAUCCACGAAUUCAAGCGCUAGCGAAGGAAAAGUACUCCCGACUUUCACGACAGCUUGGCAGAUAUGGUCUUGAAACCGGCGACUUGGAUUCCGACCAAUUUGGACCUCUGCGCCAAACUUAUCGAGAUGGUCUAUCUGUAAUCACACGCAAGUCCGUCGAUCUCCAAACACCAAUUGAGGAUAUCUUGGCACAAUCUCAAGGCAACGAUCUGCCCGGACCAUUGCUUCGUUUGAUGGGAGGAGAACAGUCUGCAACCAUUGAUAUGAGCCGACGGUUUAGUGACCUUGCGAUCGCUGGUGCAGACUUGCAUGCUCAACCCAAACUUCUGGGUAACGGUAUACUUCCUGGACACCCAUUGCUCAACUCAACGCGAUACACGCGAGACUUCGAAGAGUUUGGCAUUCUCGGUAAAGGUGGUUAUGGCACUGUGUUUCGGUGCAAGCACAAUCUGGACGGUAGACACUACGCAAUCAAGAAGAUACCGUUGGGACCGACUCGCAUGCGCAAGAUACAAGAGAACGGGCAAGCCGAACUCGAUCACAUUCUCGUCGAAGUACGUACAUUGGCACGCUUGGAGCACCCGAAUAUCGUUCGGUAUCAUAGCGGCUGGAUUGAAUGGGCACCUCUGAUAUCUAACAAGCAAGUGCUUGAAUUUAAUGGUCACAAGCUGCUUGAAGCACCAAAAGAGUCAGAGGAGGAUGACGUCUCGGAGAGCUUCGACCGCAACAUACCAGCUAUCGAUGUCCAAUUUGGCUAUGAUGACGACGAGGACGAAAAUCCUUUCGAGAUGUCAACGGGUCGAAACCAACGUUUCGCGACUCAGGAAGAAGAAGACGUUAUAUUUGAGGAUUCCAGAAGAUCAGGNAAAACUGCAUCUGACACCCAAUCCUUACAGCCAGGUCGCGGCACAGUCGCCAGCGUAAGCGAUGAAAGCGAAGUCGAACUUAUCACACGCAAGGACGAACCAUCAGAAAGCAGCUACGACACGUCAUCGUUCAGCACUAACCAACAACAUCAUACCUCUUCCUCGCCUUCUCUGGCGCUACAUAUUCAAAUGUCGUUAUACAGCAUGACCCUUUCCGAUUUUCUCGCUCCCGUCACAUACCCGAUCGCUAGCGACAACAUCUCCUCACUCCGCCACUGUUUUCACGCACACUCAUCGCUAGAAAUCCUCUCUUCUAUUAUUGAAGGCGUCGAAUACCUUCAUUCAGAAGGCAUAGUCCACCGUGACCUCAAGCCUGGCAACAUCUUCCUUGCCGUGCGCGAAGGCUCCAAACCUCCUCCCGGUGCCCUGUCCUUACACAACUGUUCUUCCUGCAUCGGUCCAAACGUUUCGCGUCCUUACAAUGUCAGUAUCUGCAUUGGUGACUUCGGACUUGUUUCUGCUAUCGCCAGACCUGAAGAUACACCUCCCAUGACAGGUGCAUCGUGUAAGGCAGUGGGCACAGAGAUCUACCGUCCUUACACCGUAACGCGCGACAAUCAUCCUAGUCUGGAUGUCUACGCUCUAGGAAUCAUCGCUUUUGAACUACUUCAUCCUUUUGGUACUCGGAUGGAAAGGCAUGAAAUGCUGUAUCAACUCAAGAAAGGCAAUAUUCCUGAUAGCUUGGACACGAAGAUCAAAUGCACAGGAAUGGCCAAAUGGAUUCUGGGCAUGAUUGGGGCGGACGAGAGGCGGUGCCCUACUUGGGAGGAGUUGAGGGGUAAUCUGGUUGGCUUACUCAAGCAGUGCAGGGCUUCC